AUCUAGACCCCCUACUGGACCACCCAUCUAGACCCCCUACUGGACCACCCAUCUGGACCCCCCAUCUAGACCCCCUACUGAACCACCCAUCUGGAACCCUACUAGACCACCCAUCUAGACCCCCUACUGGACCACCCAUCUAGACCCCCUACUGGACCACCCAUCUAGACCCCUACUGGACCACCCAUCCGGACCCCCUACUGAACCACCCAUCUGGACCCCUACUAGACCACCUAUCUAGACCCCCUACUGGACCACCCAUCUGGACCCCCUACUGGACCACCCAUCUAGACCCCCUACUAGACCACCCAUCUAGACCCCCUACUGGACCACCCAUCUGAACCACCCAUCUAGACCCCCUACUGGACCACCCAUCUUAACCACCCAUCUAGACCCCUACUGGACCACCCAUCCGGACCCCCUACUGAACCACCCAUCUGGACCCCCUACUGGACCACCCAUCUAGACCCCCUACUGGACCACCCAUCUAGACCCCCUACUGGACCACCCAUCUAGACCCCUACUGGACCACCCAUCUGGACCCCUACUGGACCACCCAUCUGGACCCCUACUGGACCACCCAUCUGGACCACCCAUCUAGACCCCCUCCUGGACCACCCAUCUAGACCCCCUACUGGACCACCCAUCUAGACCCCCUAUUGGACCACCCAUCUAGACCCCCUACUGGACCAUCCAUCUAGACCCCUACUGGACCACCCAUCUAGACCCCUACUGGACCACCCAUCUGGACCCCUACUAGACCACCCAUCUGGACCCCUACUGGACCACCCAUCUAGACCCCUACUAGACCACCCAUCUAGACCCCUACUAGACCACCCAUCUAGACCACCCAUCCGGACCCCCUACUGAACCACCCAUCUGGACCCCUACUAGACCACCUCCCAGCCAUCCUCACAUUCUUUGUCGAGGCACCCAGGACAACUAACCACCAAGAUGUCGAUGGACGAGCCUGAGGAUCUGGAGAUGGAGGGAGAGGAGGGGAUAGACGCCAAGGAGCUGAAGAAGGAACUGGCUGAGUCCAAGGCAGUGAAAGUGCUGAUGUUGGGUGCUGAGGAGUCGGGGAAAAGCACCAUCGUAAAACAAAUGAAAAUCCUCCACCUGGGCGGUUUUAAUAAGGAGGAGAAGGUGAUGUACAGAGAGGUGAUCUUUGGUAACAUCCUGCAGUCAGCUCUGUCCAUCGUCAGAGGCAUGGGCAUCCUGGGGAUCAAGUAUGGAUCACCAGCCGCAGAGGAUGAGGGCACAAAGCUGGAGAACCUUUCCAACUCUACUGAAGAGGGCACCAUGCCUCCUGAGCUUGCUGAGUGCAUCAAGAAGUUGUGGCUGGACCCUGGCAUCCAGGAGUGCUUUGAGAGAGCAGCUGAGGGCUACCAGCUCCUCGACUCCGCUCACUACUUCCUCAGUGACCUUGACCGCAUCACCGUGGCUGACUUGACCCCCAAUGACCAAGACAUCCUACGGUGCAGGAUCACGACCGGCGGGGUUAACGAGGAGAGGUUCAUCUGCAGAGACAUCCAAUUCAGGAUGUUUGAUAUGAGCGGUAGAAGAGAAGAGAGGAAGAAGUGGAUCCACUGUUUCCAGGGCGUCCAUUGCGUCCUGUUCUGUAGUGCCCUCAGCGCGUAUGACCUGGUGCUGCUGGAGGACGAGGAAAUGAACCGCAUGCACGAGUCUCUCCACCUAUUCAACAGUAUCUGCAACCACAGGUUCUUCGAGGACACCAUCCACGUGCUCUUCCUCAACAAGAAGGACGUCUUCCAAGAGAAAAUCAAGCAUGUCCACCUCAAUGUCUGUUUCCCUGACUACGAUGGGCCAAAUACAUACGAAGACGCCAGUAACCACGUGAAGAUGCAAUUUGAGUCUCUGAACUUGAAGCAGGCGGAGAAACCCAUCUAUACCCACGUCACCUGCGCUGUAGACACACAGGACGUGAACCAGGCCUUCGACACCAUCACAGACAUCAUCAAAAUCAAUCUAAAAGACGCCGGGCUGUUCUGAGGCAGCUCCUGAUUGAAGAACUUCCUUCCAUCCAUCAGCCAAACCCCUUGGUUUUAUUUGGCCACUGUGCUGAAGGAGGUGGACAGUCGGUGGACAACUGUUUAUCGGCUGUCACCAUCACCACCUCCGAACCCUGGUUCCUCGGAUGCUUCCUCUACAUCAUCAAAGCCUUAACAUCAAGGCCAUUGGAUUGAAAGAGUAUCAAAACAUCAAACAAAAAAAGGCAGCAGCCAUAAGCUCUUCUUUGAGUUGAGGCAUUGGACAGGACUUAAAUUGUGGAAUGUACCUUUAAAUCCCUGAAGCUAGUGUUUUUGUCUUACCUUCAGUAGUCUCCUGUGGUCUCCAUUUGAACUUUUUUUUAAAAGUUAUAAAGUAAACAGUUGAAAUUUCAAUAUUUCAAAAUUCUAUUUUAAUAGAAUAAUAAUCUUUUACACUUUGUAAAUAAUAAACCAAUCUUUAUUUUAAGAAAGACAUCUGAAGUACUGUGAGAAAGAAGGGAUCUUGUAUUUUUGUUUUUGUGAUGUGUGGACACAUAAAAUAAAGAUGCAUAUACUUCCCUGUUCGGUUUCUGAUCGUUGAAGGUUACAAUAGUAUUAUGACAUAGUAGGGAACAUUAACCCUUUCCCAUAGUGCCGGUACACAUUUCGGAUCCCGGUACUCAUAAUAUUUUAGAGGAAAUAUUCUAUGAGGUGCCAGUACUCAAGUAGUAGAAAAUGACAGGUUCUGAUAUUAUAACACCAGCCCACUUCAAGCACUGCUUUGCCAUUGGCUGGAUUGCGAAAUACAAAAAAUACAAAUAUGGAGAUGAGCGGAGAGCUUUAGUGCCAUAAUUUAAAUGGUGGUUAAGAUCAACAACAUCAUCUGUACAAAGUCAAACUGAACCAGAAACAUAAUGUAGUUAAGCACAUCUGAUCAGUCUCCAGGGUUGUAAUUCAUUAGGGCACACCGUUUCAAAAUGUAGCAAAAAAGUUCUUAUUAAAGUCUUAUUGGACAAUUCCAGGUAUUCCCUCCCUGUUUCAGUGUAUUUUCUUCUGUUUGGGGGCCUAAUGGUGAAUAUGACCCUGGAAUGUAGAGUAUUGUUUGGGGAAGUGGUGACAGUCUAUCCCAGAUACAGUAGGUAGUGCCUAUUUGGCAACCGUUUUCUGGACAGAAUUAACGCUCAGUGGAGUUUUUUUUUGGUUCCGAACCAAUCAUAUUUCUUACUUAAACCUAACCCAACCCAUAUCCCUUUACCAUGUGGAAUUACAUACUUAGUGUCUCAUUUCUUGCAUAAACUUAACCAAAUCACAUUUGUUUCUGCCCUCAGAGGCAGAGUUGCCAUUAGAACAAGGAAAACGCCAUUCUGCAAGUGGGGUCUGAGUAUAUCUUCCCCCUCGGUAACAAGACAUUUUGUUACACACUUGAUCUAGAUCCUUGGUCAGUUCAUUCUUUCACUGAAAUUCACAGGAUUAAAAAAAAUAUCCGAAUUAAUUAUAAAAGGCCAUAAAAUAUCAAGCUGUGAAUUCCAAAAUUCUCUUUCAUGCAGGUAAUCAAUCAUUAUUGUCUUAUAAAGUGUUGUGAUACAAUUAUUAAUCUCACUUGACAAUAAUCAAUAUUCAAUGAUAUAUAAAUGUACAAUAAUGUGCGGUAGUGGACAAGAGUCCUAAAUAUAAAAAAUAUUGUUCAAUACAAAGUGGUCCAUUUUCUACAUUAUUUUUUAUUUUAAGAAUCAGAAAUAAGGAUUGUAGCCUAAAUUAAACCUCUAUUGAAGACUAUUGAAUUCAUGAAAAGAUGAAUGAUUAAAAUCUCAAAACUGUGAAGAGUUAGAGUAGGUGCAGGUCAAAUCUAUCACAUGAAUUCCUGAUCCAUACGCCAACUUCAGACCAUUAACCAAACUCAUAGAUUGCAUUUAUUUCUAUCAGAUAAUCUAAAGACAUACCGAAAUGAAAAAAACUAUUUCUACUACUUUAUACAAAUAACAUGCUUAUAAAAUACAUGUGUUUUUAAAAAAAUGGGAAAUGAAAUGAGGCGAGACAUAUGACUCAGUGAACGAAUGCAACAGAUUGGAGAAAAAAAGAAACAUAACGAAUCGUGAAAUAUUACGAUGA